AUGGAAAACACGGCAAAAAAGAAGGCUAACGAAAAGAAAGGAAAAAAAAAAACUGACGAUGUUAAGGAGCGGAUACUGAGCGGGCGACCCGUUCUGUGCUUUGAUGAAGAAAUUGAUUUCGACAAAUGUGGCCCUGUCAGUGCAGAACAGAUUGACGACACAACAGAAAAUAAGAAAAAAAAAGCAGGUUAUGAAAAUGUCAAAAACGCUUCGUUAGACAGUAUAGAAAUAGGUACCAAAAAGAAAGGCUCCAAAAAAACGAAGGAAGGAAAAGAACAUGAUACUCAUAGAAACUCAAACGAUCAGGAAAAAAUACAUCAAAGAAAAGGAAAAAAAAAAGGUACAGGAAAUGCCAACAGUAGUAACGGUAAUGAUUUUGACGAUGAAGACGGAAUUAGCAUUUACAAAAAUGUAGAUAAGCAUGGCGCAUCCAGUUUUAACGAAGACUAUGUGUUUAACGAGGUAGACAGCACCACCAAUAGUUCUUCAAUCCUCAGGAUUCAGAGAAAUAAUAUCGAAUUGAAAAAAAAAGGUUCGUCAAAAUUUAUAAAAUUACAAAGUAAUAACAAUGGUGAGGUGUUGAAUAAAGAAAAUAAUGAACAACUAAAUAAAUGGAUCGAAACAUUGCCAAGUAUCAAUUCCGAGAUAGGAAUCUUAUUGAAUAAUCACCUCCCUUGUUACAGGAUCCUUGACAAUAUUAAAAGAAUCAACAAAAUAAAAAGUGUUGUUUAUAAUGAUAAUGAAAAUGACGAAAUGUUGAAUACAAUUGAAAAAUCAAAUAUUAUGUUUAAUUCGAUAAAACUAACCACCAAGGAAAAGUACAUCAUCAGAUUCCUGUGUGAGGGGUCUUCCCACACGUUAUCCGAGUUGGUAGAGUUGUUGUUUUACGUCCUCAACAAUGAAGAAUUAGUACUUGAUAGGUUCCCUAUAAAAAUCGCUCCCACUUCUGACAAAGAAGGAGGUAACGUUAUAUUUUCACUGAACCAAGCGAAUAAUAGUGAAAAAGGGGAAGAGAACAACAUAUCGCUGAGCAAAGAUAAUGAAAAUGAUGAAAGUCGCGAAAAUGAAUGUAACAUUUCCAUGGAUAAUUUCUCCGAUGAGGAGUACUACUCUGAUGAUGGGGAAAAGAAAAACUAUAACAUCCAUAUCAGUAGGGAGGAUCUUCUCGCAAGCAUCCCCAUUCUACUGAGCAGAAAAAGUCUAGGAGAUAAUAUGAAAAAAAUGAAUGUCAGUAAAAACGAAAAUAACGAAAAGGAAUGCCUUUGGGUUUGGGAAAAUGACAACUACGAAUUAUUCCCACCGUACUACAAAGAAAUAUUCAAGUACUUCAAAGAAUUUAGGAAUAACCAAAGCAAAAUAUAUAGAACUUUAAUAAAAUUAAAAAACUCCAUUCUGAGUAAGGAUCUACAGAGCAUCGUAAAAACACAUGAUUAUUUAAAUGAGCUGAAGAAGAAACAAUAUUUAGAAUCUGAAAAAAGAUGCAAAAAAAUUUUAAUUGAGAAAAAAAAAAUCAUCAAAAGGAAAAUGGACAUAAAAAAACAAGAAGAAAAAAAAAAAAAAAUAGAAGACGCGAAAUUUCUGGAAGAAAAAAAAGCUGCAACUAUUAACAAGUUGGAUAGCGUUGUAGCACAGAAUAAAACUGAAGAGAAAAAACCCAAACAACAGAACUUAAUAUUGUCAUGGCUCACAAUGAAAAAAAAUGAAAAAGCAAACUCUGCCAAUUCGAAUGAAAAUUCAGAACAAUUCAUUAAAUACCCAAUUGCCAAUGUGCUCAGUUUUAAUGAAGCCCUACGGGACAAAUUAAUGGAAGCCCAAAACCAGUUACCCAUAUUCACGUGCAACCGUAAGGGCGCCAUAGGGUCGAGUAGCAUAUUCAAGAGCAAUGGCAAUUUCGAUAAGCAAAAACUUCUCGAGGAUUACGAGAAGAUGUGCGGAAAUCACAAAAGAACAGUUGUGGAUUACUUCAAAGUAUAUGUCGACAAUAAGGAGUUUUUUGAGGAAAUUCCAUCGGUUGAUAGUAUCGAUGGAAGCAAGUUAAUCGUACAGAAUGAAAAGGGAGUAAGGUCCAAGCUUUGGGAAGACAACGAAUUUUACUGCAAGCUGAAAAACUCAGAGUAUAUCAGGAGCUUUUAUUUUUACGACAAUUCGUGGACAAGACCAUAUAUGUCCCUUCUGGUGCAUAAAGUUUUAGACGACAACAUCAAUUUGCUCCCCUAUUAUUACAACGAUGACAUGGAAUACGAGAAUGAUACAAAUGAGGAUUACUACGAGAAGUUUGAAACCAUCGAUCUUACUACGGAGAAUGAGGAAAACGAAACGGAAAGCGACGGAAGCUCCCAAGAUAUGUUCAUCGUGCCAGAUAAUGAACUGAACACGGAUAUCAACAUAACUCCGAUAACAAUACCAACAAGUCAGGACAUUCAUUUCUUCUCAUUGUUUAAUUGGGAAUGGAAAUUCGAAGGGAACCCCAAGCGGAAUUACGACAUAAUUAACAAAAACACGUGGAAGGAGUUCAAUCUGAUAUAUAAGGAGAACAUUUACGGAUGCCAGUACAUGUCUUGGGGAAAAGAGAAUAACCCCUUCAUAUACCUCUCCGAAAGGAACAGUCCGAAGAACACUUUGAACAAUUAUGACAUUAAGAAAUUAAUAAAGCAUUCUCACGGGAAGGUAACAAAGAAGGAUGUUCUAGUGGACCAGUUCAAGCUCAAAAAUGAGCACCUAACCAAGGCCGAUACGGAGCGGAAAUUCAAGACAUAUUUGGUGUACAAAAAGUGCGAAGAUAACAGGAAGAAAUGGAUGGCCUCAGAAGAAGGAAUUAAAUUAUUUAAGAACGAGCAACUGCUUACCAAAAUUUAUAACAUCCGCAAAAGAAAGCUAAACCUAAUUACACAAAAAAUGGAACAAGUGAAGAGACAAAAACGGAUGGACAGAGAAAAUUUAAAAAAGGAAGAGAAAAUAAAAAGGAAAGAAAAAUCAAAUCAAGAAAAAUUAUUAAGUAAGGACAACAUGAAAAAGGAAGCAGUAAAGGACCCAGAGAAAUUGGAAAAGAAGGAAACGAUGACGAAAGAGGCGACAAAUAUUAUCCAAAAGAUAUUUUCAAGUAGCUCUCUGACUGGUAGCAAGAAUGUGAAAAAGUGA